AUGGAUCUCAAACUUCUCGAGAAGAUGCGCAGCUCUUGCCCAUCGCGAGCAUCAUUUAUGGACUUUAUAAAUCACACCGACAGCAGUGCCACAGCUAUGAAGGGGGAUGCUCGUAAAGCUGACGAAAUAUCGCCUAUGGGCACCGAGAUCAAGCUCGUAAAGGCACCCCUCGGGGAUAUUACGAACAUCCAGGCUUCGCGUGAUAACAGCGAAAAGCACGAUGCCGUCAAGGAAAACCCUGCAGCUUUCUGUGACAAGAUCACCGAGAUCAAGCCCACCAAAGUACCCACUGAAGAGCAAACCGAUGGCUUUUCAUCCCCUUCUACUGUCGGGGAGGUGUCCCGAAUGAUUGAGGAGCCAGCUCCGACCAUCUAUCGCUACGAGUCUACUAGCACGCACCUCAGCGAGCUCCCUAUCAGCGAGGAUGCUAAUAACGAAAUGACGUCUGUUGUCAGUGACCGUAUUGAGCUCCCUCCCACCAAGGAUACUCGUCACGAAAUCACUUCUGUUGCCAGCGACCGUAUCGAGCUAAACCCUGAGGCUCCUAGUUUCUCUCAGCAACAGGCACUUGAGACGCAACCUUCCGGAAGCCCUGUGUUUAAUAUCACUUACCAAGACCUUUCGGACUUUAUCCACGAACAGACCGAGGGUAUCAACGAAGGUUCUCCCACCCGUCAAGAGGCCGUUGAGCCCCGGCAUCUUUAUUACACGUAUGAUGUAUGGAACAACGAGACUGUUCCUUGUUGCAAUAAGCAAACCAGUUCUGUCGCCGAGGGGUAUCCUCCUAACUAUCACGAGGCGGCCGAACACCAGUCUGCCAAUGCUUCUGCGAGCGAGGAUGAAACAGACGAGUUCUGUCCUAUCAACGACAAAGCCUACGCGCUUACGCAACAUGAGGCCGCUGAGAAGCAGUCAGCCAAUUUCCCUUACCACGAGGCCGUCGACUUCGAGCACCAGCCUGCUUACUACGACUAUCUUGACACGAUUCUGGAAGAAUCGGAGUCCGAACAUGACGAGGUCAUCAAGGCCAAAUUCGUCCAAGAAAAUGCUAUCAACUCCGCCACCUCGUCUCCCUUCAAGAGCUCCGUUGCAAGCAGCAACGCAUCGGCUACCAACGAAUGGGGGGUCAUUGAUUCCUACAUCUCUGACACUUUGGAGAAUAGCACCACAAUUGUCGAUCCCGACACCCCAAACACAGUGGCCAGUGACCACUCAAGUGGAGAGGGAAAGAAGCGAAUCAUUCGCUUUGAUCCCAAUGGAGACUUGUAUCUCAAAGUAGGAACAAACCACACCCGAAACAUGCUGGUUGACUCUCGAGCACUCGGCCGUGCAUCAUCCAAGCUACACGCUGUUAUCUCCGAGAGCGCCGGAGACGACACUGGUGAGCACUGGACCAUUGAAUUUCCCGACGACGACCCAAAACUCGUUUGCCAUCCUUCUGAACCUCAUUCACGCACGGUUUGA